UGACCUCGGGAUCGUGUUUUGUUUUCUCGCGUUCCAUAGUCGUUGGCUAACUCUCAUGGCGGAAGGGGGCUGGGAUGAGCUCCCGGACGAUGUCGUCCAACAAAUCGACGGGCGCCUUCCAUGCCCGCUCGACCGCGUCUUCAUGGCCGCCUGCUGCAAGUCGUGGCGCACAGCUCCCGUCGGGCCGCCCGCGCGUUCCCUCCCCUGCCUCAUCCUCCCGCUCGUCCGAGGGCCGUCCGUCGCCUGCAUCCUGGGCGGCGGCGCCCUGCACGGCCUCGACCUUCCGGCAGACGCGCGUCGCGCCCGUUUCUUCGGCUCCUACGAGGGCAUGUGGGCGUUCGUGGCACUCCGCCGAAGAGACGGGCACGUGCUGCUGAACGUCCGCACCGGCGAGCGCAUCCCGCUGCCGGACAUCGAGUUCGGGAAAAUCACGAGGUUCCGCCGCGCGGUUUACGACGAGAACGGAGCCAUCCAGACGUUCAGAUGGGCGGGGAUCGGGGGCCCUCGCCGUCCCGUCAUGAUGCUCGCCGCGACCCUCUCUCGCGCGCCAGCGGUUGACGACGAGGAGUGCGUCGCCGGCGCCAUACUCAACGUGCUCGGACCGGAAGGCCGCGUCAACCACUGGCGCUACGUCUGCUUCUGGCGCCUGGGCUCGCAGAUGGCCAUCCAGGCACAAGAGGUCAGCACCCAUGUUGGGUGGUCGCCGCAAGACAUCGCCUACUUCGACGGCCGCUUCUACGUGCUGACCAAGGGCGAGCACCUCCGGACCUACACCGUGCUUAACGAACCGGAUCCGAACCGGGAGGGAGUGGAUAAUUUUCACGCCAAGUUGUGCAACCUCUACCACACCGGCCGCGGCCACAAGCCAGACGACGCAGUACGCCGCGCCGGAUAUCUCGUCGUCUCCCGCGGCCAGCUCCUGAUGGUGGUCAAGGAGUGGAUGCCCGACGACGGUGCCACCUCCUGCAUCCGGCUCUUUGCGCUUACUCCGGCUGUCGUCCUACUCCACGAUGAUCCAGACUCCUCUCUCGCUUGGACUGCGGUAGAAAGCCUCGAUGGCCGGCUGCUCGUCGUCGGCCCCGGCUGCUCGAGGGCAUACGAGUGCGCCCACUUCCCAUCCGGCUGCAUUCAGGAGGGUGUAUACUUUCUCGACGACCGCACCUACUACAACUACACCUUCUUCGCGCCCUACUUCCCCGAGCAGAGUAGUCCUGACGAGUUUAGCUGCACCGAUAAUGGCAGGUGCCGCCUGCUGCCGGCUCGCCCCGAGCAUUGCUUCCCCAUGAAGCCCGGGGAAAGCUCCAUCUCCACUUACUCGCCGCCGGUCUGGCUCCUACCUUGAACCUGUACUGCGUGAUGGACGACACGGCACAAGAUUAAUGCUCUCUACAUCGUCUACAAUUUGACAAGCGCAUAAGAUCUAGUGUGCAUAUACGAUAGCAUACUCAUACUUGCUACUCCCUCCGUUUCAAAUUAGUUAUCCUAGGUUUGGUUAGAUUUUGUCUAGAUACCAUUGUAUUUAACGCGUUUCAGUGUGCGGGUUUGUUUAUUUUAUUCAUAAUAUUAUAUUAUUCCACU